AAAAAUCAUUAUACAUUCAUAAAAAUUAUUAUACGAUUGUAUCUAUAAAUAAUUAUUUCGAUUUAUUAUUUCAUUGGUACGCUUGAACAGAGUUACCAUUAUCAUUGACACAAAUUAUUGAUCGGUAUUAUUUCUUUUAAUUUAUAUCAAAAAACUGCAAAAGUAUUUAAGAGGUUAUGUAUUGUGAAUUUCAAAAAAUUUCAAAAAUAAUAUAGCAGAAUAAUUAAAAAAAUUUAAACAAUUAAUAAAAAUGUUUGGAAUAUUAAAUCUAGCAAAUAUUACUUUUAGGUCCUCAUUAUAUUCAAUUAAAAAUUCACGCAAUAUCUCCUUAUACAAACAUCCUUUAUAUUUUCGAGCAACGGAGAUACUUUUAGGAGAACCCUUAAAAAAGAGAAAAAAAAUUGAUCCUGCAAUUAUUAGAGCUAGAGAAGAAAGAAAGAAAAAGAAACUACAAAAAAGAAUUCGUAGUUUAGAAAAACAUGCAAAUCAUAUGAAACCAAUUUUUGAAAUCGAUACAUUGGCCAAAUUACUGCAAAAUGACAAAAGACCUUGUCAUUUGACAUCAUUAUCAGAGGAAGAAAUAGAAAAGAGAAGAUUAUUAGAAAGAGAAUGGAUUAAAUACAAGCAAGAUCAAUGGUUAAAAGAUUUACGCAUUAUAAAAUCUAUGCUAAUCUCACAGAAAACAGCCUUGGAAGAAUUAAAAGCUGUCUCAAAACAACUUUACAAAGAAGCAAUCGAAUUUGAUGAUUUAUAUUUACCAUAUGAUGUAAUUGGACCUGUAUAUACUCCACCAAUAAAAAAUUACAAUAGUCCUGAUGGUGAAUACAUAGAAACCACCAUUAAAUAUGUAGGAGAAUAAGUACACAAAAUAAUGGAACGUGUUGGAUCAUUAAAAAAAAGAAUUAUUUUAAAUAAAGGAUCAUAGGAGUGAAAAAAAGAGUAA